CCUCACAGCUUACCUGCUCCUCUCACCAGCUUUUAGUUGGGGUGCGAUUGGACAGUCUGCUGUCGGCUGGUUUGAACCCUUUCUCUGGUCACUUGGCAGACCCUUAUUGUACAGGUUAUAGACUUAGUCAUGAUAGUGUGUGGUAUCAAGCGGCACGUCGGGCUGGUCUCUGCGGAACUGUACUGACGACCAACACCACCCAUGCCAUCUACUCCAACAGCUUAUUUUUCUACCCAUCAAGUAAUGGUUCCAUGGUUGUACCUGAAGUUAUUCCAUUCACCUGUGCCUAUCCCUUGGAAACCAACGCUAGCCUGAACGCUGCAAUUGGACAAAUCCAUGGGUAUGGCCUCAUGGGGUCAGGUGCCAGAGCCAGGGCCCACCUGAGUCUUUUCAGUGACUCCAGCUUUUCAAACCACUACCCAGUGGGCCAGAUCACCCUUCCAGUGGGCUCUGCCCUGCAUGUGCAAGCGUAUGUGUAUGACAGUGAUCCAAGCUUUGCAGUUGUUCUGGGAGACUGCUAUACCACUUACUCCUCAAACCCUGAUGACCCCUCACGAUACUAUCUCAUCCAUUACGGUUGUUCUAUCGAUCCUCAUCGUGUGUCAGUGGUUGAGAACGGCCUGUCCUCCCGUGCUCGUUUCUCUGCCCUGGUCUUCCCUCUCCGUGGUGACAACCCAUCAGUCUACUUACACUGCAGACUGCACCUGUGUGACAGGAGGAGCCAAAACUGUGUUCCAUUUUGCAGAAGAAGGGUGUAUCGCUCUCUUGACAACCCAGAGACACUUGAACCCGUCACCAUUGGACCAUUAACCUGGAAGAAGUGACGCGUCAAUGGAGUGAGCUGAUAAACACUGCAAAGUGAUUAAUUUCAGUGUUGUUUUUCUUCGGGAUAUUAUAUAAUUUACC